GAGAUAUGUCGAAAGUAAAAGAAGAUUCCAUAACGGGCACGGCAGUAAUAAACCUAAUUCCGAAACCUCCAACGCCACCACCUAAAAAAGAUAUAGACUCGGAAUUAAGUGAUUCGGAUAAUCAACAUGUUACAUUUGUUAGUGCAGUAAGAACGGUAGGCGAACCAACAGAAUCUCAAUUCACAGUUACAGAGCAAGUUGCAGAAUUAUCAAAUACACUUGAAAUGGAUAAUGGACCUCAGGACGUAGAUACUGAAAAACUUGCACCAGUUUCUUCGACCACACGUUCUCAACGUAAAGAAUUGAAGCAUGUGCAUUUUAGUGAUGUUGAAAGCGAAAUUCCAUAA